CCCGUGCUGCCCGGGCCCUUCUUCAUGCCGUCCGACCGCUCCACCGAGCGCUGCGAGACCGUGCUGGAGGGCGAGACCAUCUCGUGCUUCGUGGUGGGCGGCGAGAAGCGCCUGUGCCUGCCGCAGAUUCUCAACUCGGUGCUGCGCGACUUCUCGCUGCAGCAGAUCAACUCGGUGUGCGACGAGCUGCACAUCUACUGCUCGCGCUGCACGGCCGACCAGCUGGAGAUCCUCAAAGUCAUGGGCGUCCUGCCCUUCUCGGCGCCCUCGUGCGGGCUCAUCACCAAGACGGACGCCGAGCGCCUGUGCAACGCGCUGCUGUACGGCGGCGCCUACCCGCCGCCCUGCAAGAAGGAGCUGGCCGCCAGCCUGGCGCUGGGCCUGGAGCUUAGCGAGCGCAGCGUCCGCGUGUACCACGAGUGCUUCGGCAAGUGCAAGGGGCUGCUGGUGCCCGAGCUCUACAGCAGCCCGAGCGCCGCCUGCAUCCAGUGCCUGGACUGCCGCCUCAUGUACCCACCGCACAAGUUCGUGGUGCACUCGCACAAGGCCCUGGAGAACCGGACCUGCCACUGGGGCUUCGACUCGGCCAACUGGCGAGCCUACAUCCUUCUGAGCCAGGACUACACGGGCAAGGAGGAGCAGGCGCGCCUGGGUCGCUGCCUGGACGAUGUGAAGGAGAAGUUCGACUACGGCAACAAGUACAAGCGGCGGGUGCCCCGGGUGAGUGGCCCAGGCCCGGGAGCUGGG